ACCAAAAGAAAUUGACAAGAAACCCAUCCCCUCAUCCCAAAAUGACACGCAAAGCCCCCUACGGCAAACGAAUGCGAGACACCCACUUCGCAUUCUCCCCCUCCUACACACCCUUAAACCACGGCUCCUUCGGCGCCUUCCCCAUCUUCGUCCAAGAAUAGCAGCGUGAGCUCCAAAAGCUCGAAGCCGAGCGUCCAGACACAUUCAUCGUCUUUGACCUCCCCAAACUAAUCGAUGCGUCGCGCGAAGCCGUUGCGCCCCUCCUGGGAGCUCCGGUGGACGAAAUAGUUUUCGUACCGAAUGCUACGACGGGGAUUAACACUGUCCUGCGCAAUUUGAGGUUUGAGGAGGGGGAUGUGAUUGUGCAUUUUAGUACGAUUUAUGAUUCGUGUGAGAAGACGAUUUUUUCGAUUGGGGAGAUGGGGCCGUUGAGGGCGAGGAGUGUGGUGCUUGAGUAUCCGGUUGAGGAUGAGGAGGUAGUGAGGAGGUUUCGGGAGAUGGUGGAGGUUGUCAGGAGUGAGGGGUUGAAUGUGAAGAUUGCGAUGUUUGAUACUGUCCUUACCUUUCCUGGUGUGAGGAUGCCGUGGGAAGAGUUGGUUGGGGCUUGUAGAGAGUUGGGGGUUCUUAGUCUGAUAGAUGGAGCUCACGGGAUUGGUCAUAUUGAUUUGAAGCAUUUGGGAAAAGUAUCGCCGGACUUUUUUAUUAGUAAUUGUCAUAAGUGAGUCUCGUUUUCUCUUAAACGUUUCAUUCUGUAAAUCUUUGGAAGCACUUGGGCUGUUUCUUCACUCACUGCUGAUGCUGUUUAGAUGGCUUUACACACCUCGCGGCUGCGCAGUAUUCUACGUCCCAUUCCGGAACCAACAUCUCAUACGGACUUGCUUGCCAACAUCUCAUGGCUACCGUCCUCCAUCAGAACCAAAUACAUCACUCAUCCAAAAAUCCGAUUUCGUAAUGCUCUUCGAGUUUGUAGCAACAAUAGGCUACUCACCCUACUGCUGCAUCCCCGCCGCGCUCAAGUUCCGCAACGAAAUCUGUUCCGGCGAAGAAGCAAUCCGUAGCUACAGCUGGAACCUCGCUUCCAAAGGAGGAACCCGCGUAGCCGAAAUCCUAGGAACAGAAACCAUGGUCAACCAAAGUGGUUCCAUGAACAAGUGCUGUUUUACCAACGUACGACUUCCUCUCACUUUCAAAGCUGACGGGGAGCCCAUUGGGAAGGGAGAGUUCAGUAUCCAUUAUGCUUCGAGGAUUGGAGUGUUGGUUAAUGCUGUUGCUUUUCAGGAGUUUGAUACGUAUUUGCAGAUUGGUUUGCAUAGGGGGGUUUUGUGGGUUAGGUUGAGUGGGCAGAUUUAUUUGGAGUUUGAGGAUUUUGAGUGGAUUGGUGUUAAACUUGAGGAUCUUUGUCGAAGGAUUAGGGAGGGUACUAUUAAGAUAUGA